GUAGUACUUCAGCAGGCACAUGUCUUCUCCGCUCCCUAUCUGAUCCAGUAGCAUCAUGGCGGGUUUGGAGCUGCUUUCUGACCAAGGCUAUCGUCUGGAUGGACGCAAAGCCACCGAGCUUCGCAAGGUUCAAGCCCGCAUGGGAGUGUUCGCUCAGGCUGACGGCUCAGCGUAUUUGGAGCAAGGAAACACUAAAGCCUUAGCGGUUGUGUACGGUCCACAUGAAAUGCGAGGCUCCCGUAGUCGAACCCUUCACGACCGGGCUGUCAUCAACUGCCAGUACAGCAUGGCCACUUUCAGCAUGUCAGAGAGGAAGAAGAGGCCACACGGCGACCGCAAGUCCACCGAGAUGAGCCUCCACCUCAAGCAGACCUUUGAGGCCGCAGUGAUGACGCAACUCUAUCCGCGUUCUCAGAUUGACAUUUACGUGAAGAUCCUCCAAUCAGAUGGAGGCAACUACAGCGUGUGCGUAAACGCUGCCACCCUAGCUGUGAUCGAUGCCGGCAUACCCAUGUUGGACUAUGUGUGCGCCUCCACUGUGGGCUUCGUGGACGAAACGCCACUGGCCGACCUAUGCUACGCUGAAGAGAGUGGCGGCGUGAGCUCCUUGGCACUAGCGCUGCUGCCUCGCAGCGGACAGAUCGCGCUUCUGCAAAUGGACGCCAGGCUACACCAGGACCAUCUGGAGCCCAUGAUGGAUGCCGCCAUGACGGCCUGCAAAGGUGUGAGUAAGGUGCUGGACCAGGUGGUGCGUCAACACCUCCAAGAGGCCUCGCUGGCCACUGGAGACUGAGUGGUUAUUUUAUUUUCAUUUCCUGGACUCAAACAAGUCAAGAAUCUUUUUCACAUUUUUGUUUUCCACCAAAUACCAUUGUACAUUAUUUUGUAUAUGUAAGAAACAAUAAAUAUAUGUUCUUUCUGUAA